UCAACAAAAAUGUAGUUUACCAAGAAUACUCCGACCUAAAUUGACCCAACGCAAGGGGUUUAUGAUACGUGCAGAAUAUCAAGGGAACGGCAUUGUUGGUGAUACAUUUUUUGAGCUGUCAGGAUUUUCCAUCGAAUGGAGUGCAUUUUGCUUUCCUGCGGUCCUUGGAAAUGACACCGCCAACUUGAACCGCCAGAAACAGUCCAGAUCGGAACAGUUGGAGUUUCUAUUGUCUGCGAAAUGUCUUUUUUGAUCGAUGGUAUCUGUUUCGAAUUAGGAACGGCGCGAUCCGUAUUUUCUGCAUCCUAAUCGCGUUGGCUGUCGUCCAAUUUUAUGUCCAAGGCCCGCUAUGACAACCAGAGAAGUUGUCUUGGAAGGCGGCUCGCCUUGGGGGUUUCGUAUACAUGGUGGUGUUGACACUAAGUCGCCAUUGAGGAUUUCCAGGGUGAACUCAAAUGGAAAGGCAGCUCUGAGAGGUAUACGAGAAGGAGAAAUUAUCGCAUCAAUUAAUGGACAACCAACAAAAAAUUUAGCAUAUUCUGAUGCCCAUAGUCUCAUCAAAAACUCUGGGGACCCCCUCAGAUUGGAACUCACCUUAAAUUCUGGAUCGCCGAGACAACGGAAGCGGAAUAGACCCACCGUACACGAGACCCAUUCGGAAACUCUGAAGAGUACCAGCAGCUCUCUGUACGCGAGGAAUUCGACUAAGACCACUUUCAACGACGAGAACGAAUACGCUGAUCCUGAUCAAUAUUUGAGGAAGCAGUCAUCUAUCGAGAGGCAAAAUCUACCCAGAGAUUAUAUUGACCCACCCGCAUCACCAGAUUCCACAGUUUCUUCAGAUGUCUCAUCUUGCUCGACAUUAACUGAAGCUGGAACGGAACACCUCUACAAAUCGCCAAUCUUCCUAUCAUCAUCUCCUCAAACUACUCUCAUUAUGGCUGACAACGCAAGCUCAAAAACCAGAAAAAAACGCAUUAAAAAUCAAAGAAAAAAACAAAGGAAAGCUCUAGCAAACCUCACUCAACUCCAGGAAACCGAUACUGCGAAUAUCUCUAACGAAACUAAAGAAGAGGAUGAAGAAAAAGUGGAGGAAGUAUACAAAGUUGAUUUUCCGAAAACAAAUGACUCAAAACCAAAACCAAAAUUGAAAUGUAAGAGUAAGAGUUUGGAUGAUGACGAUGACUCUGUUAAAAUACAAGAGGUUGAUGAAUCUGGCGAUGAUGACAAACAUCAAUGCGAAGCAAUAGUGUCAGAAGCUGAUUCUGAUUGGGAAGAAACAACAGACUUAAGAGUUCCACAGAAUCCUGUAGCUUUAAGCACUAUCGCCAUUUCUAUAGACGAGGAACCUCUAGAAAGAAUUGGAGAUUUUUCUCCGGAGCAGGAGCUAUGUUUGAGGAAUUUUUUGGAGGGUAUCAACCUAGUCAACUCGCCUGGCCAUCAACCAACAAGUACUCUGGACUCUAUGCAAGUAGAAAAAUCGAGAAAGCGUGAUGCUCUUAUGAAAUAUUUCACACCUUUGGCGCAAAACCCAAGGUUUUUGGACAUUAUUUCAGAGGAAGGAAGUGAUAUAAGUGAUCGAGAAUCAUCUUCGUUGACUCGUCAUUUGAAACAAGGUACUCCAGAAUUGGAAAAUACUCAUGACUUAUCCAUAAAACAGAGUCCACGAGUUGCUAGAAGGAAUAAAUUUAAACGAAUGCAGUUGAAAAGACACGAGAAUAAAGCAGUUUUAGUAUGUACGAAAAUUGUAGAUACUCCCUCUAUUAUAGAGCAUAUUCAUACCUGUACAUCCGAGAAUACGGAACCGGAAACAGUUUUUCUAGAAAGCUCUAGUGACAAUGCAUCUUCCGAGAACUCAUCUGAUACUGGUAAGUCAACUCCAUCAGAACAAGAAGUACCGAAAGAUGAAAUAAAUGAAGACAAAGAAUCAAAUAUUGAGAUUGAUCAUAUCACGACUUCAGACAAUGAAAAAAUCGAUGAACAAAUAGAAAGACUUCCGAAAUUAGAUAAUAGUAGUUUAAAGGAAACAGAGUUGGCAACAGAAAACAAUGAAUCACAUACAGAAUUAAUCACAAAUAAUACUCAUACUGAUAUAAGUGAAGAUACACAUCUUCAGCCAAUUGUCAAUAUCGAUCAUAAUUCCGUUUCAAAACAAGAAGUAGAACAUUCUGUCAAAAAUUUAAAUUAUUCAAAAAGUAGUACAAGUAACUCAACAGAAAGCAAUAUUCGAACCAUUCAAACUCAAUAUACUGAGCUCACUCCUCCACCUACACCUGAACAUUCCCCUAAAAAAAAACUAUCAACAGAUAGUAGUGUUGAUUUAGAUUUCGAAGAAAGUUUGAAGGAAAUAGUAGUUGAUACAGCGAAAGAAAUAACAUCGGUUUUGUGCAAACUGGCUGAAGGUUGUGAAACAACAUUUAUCGUGAAUCAAACAUUAAUUCCAUCGUCUAUAUGGCAAUCUGUGUCUCCCCACUCGCCAUCUGAAAGUAGCAGCAGUUCUGGAAAGACUUCGCCGAGUACUGUCAGAUUUAAUGCAAUGACUUCUUCAAUAGCGGAUGUGGCAUCUAUUUCAACAGAUUUGGAAUUUGCUAAGGAGACUGCAGCUUUGAAACAACCCCUUAGUUUACGGCAGAUAUGUUUGAAAUUCUUGUUGACAUCUUUACAUGGAAUGAAGGUGCUACAAGAGCUCUCAGACCUGGAUAAAUUAUCAACAACAGGUAACCUUUGGAGAGCAAUGCUUGAGAAUGACGCUAGCUUGAAUUUGAGCAACUCUGAGGAUGCCAAUAACAGUCAUUUAAUUUCAGAGACUACCGAGAAGUUGAGGGAAAUUAUGUCGUCGAAAAAAUGGGCUGGACUGCCUUUUUAUAACAACCCUGAUCUACUGGCUUAUCUCUCACCCACUCAGAGAACACAUUUGGAGGAACCACAGGGGAUUCGGAAUGGAUCAAGUUCUCUGUCUAGCUUGCAUUCGAAGUUGACUGAAAAAUCAGAUGCAUCUAAUUAUACCACGAAAAGCAGGAUAGAAAUUUCCUCGUUCGAAAAAGAGACAGUGGACAAGUCUAGUAACAUAUCUUACUCGAUAAACACUUCGAGAACACUGCCUAGAAAUUUCAAGCAAACUGGUAGCAAUCCUCGUCUGCAGGUGUCUAAUCUAGAUGAGUGGUUAAAUAUAGCGCGUGAGGGUGAUAAAUUUGAGAAACGUGAAAGUAUUUUAACUUCAGAAAAACAUGGUGAAAAUGUCACAAAAGCGACAAAACGUCGUCGUACAUCACUUCCUGAUGAAAUUUAUCAAAGGCAACUACAAAUGAUCCUACAAAAAGAAAAAGAAAUAGAGCAGGAAUUAGAGUCUCUGUUGGAGGAAAAAAGGAAGCUCUACGUGGAAAUGAGGGACGCUGAAUUGGAAGAAGAUCAUUCAUCAGAACAUGAUAAGCAACGUCCCAAAUCAUUUCCUCAAUCGCCAAGUGAAACUAUGCGACAAAGAAUGUACGAAGAAUAUAUGAAACAAGUGGCUGAAAGAGAAGAACGCAAACAUCAUAAAAUGAUCAAAUUAACGUCAACGCCAACCAAUAAAACCACAGAAACUGAGAAAUCUCAAUUUGAAGCUCUUCACAUGCCCGGAUUAGAAGAUGAGUUCAUGAAAAAAGUUCAAGAACGUCACGGUCCUCUGGAAAAGGUUGAAGAAGAAACAUCGAGGCAGGAAGAAAUGGAUGAAGAAGAAUCAAGUAAUACAUCGCCAGUUCUUUUGAUAGAUGGAACUUCGGUAAAGCAAGCUACAGAUCUGCCUAAGCAUCUCAAGCAUCUCAAAGAGUUUGUGGAAAUAACUGCUGAUAUAGCAAGAGACGCUAAAUCAGACUCUGCAAAUGGAAGGCUUUGCAAAUGUCGGAACAAAUAUUGCAAAGAAGCAAGAAGGGUCAACAGAGUUUUACAGCGCAACAGACACAAAAGCAAUAGUAGUUUGCUGCAUGAAAUCGACGCUGCGCUUAACAUUGCUAAGGGUUUCUUACUGAACACAGGUGUUUGGUCACCAGGCCAGAGACAAGAGACACAAACAGAUUUCGAUAAACAAAAUCUCAAACAGAAGAAUGAAGAAUCAAUACCAUCUUUCUGGCAACCAAAGAGUGCAACAUCCAGUCCUGUUGCAGAAAGAAAAGAGUACCGACCUGUUAGUUUUGAGUCACCAAAACUAGGCAGAAAGAACAAAUCAGAAGAGUUUCAGGUUCCUAACGAAAAAUCAACUUCUCGUCCUCCUUGGCAAGAUUCAGCAUUUCGAAGUGAGGUUCAUCAGGCAUCAACUUUAGAACGGCGAAUUCCCAAUAGCCGAUCAGCACCGACCUCAGCAUUCAACGAACUUACGAUCGGUCGACUCCCUAGAGCUCAAAAUCCUACUGUCACUCUUCUGCAAAAGGCCAGAGAGGGUCAACUCCCCAAAGGUGCAAACUAUCUCGAGGCCAAUCGUGAUCAUUACAGAAUACCCCAUGACUUAAGCGGUCAGGGAGAUUUUAAUAAUCCUCGAAGAAACGAUCACUAUAGUGAAUCAGAUAGCGAAAUUUUCCGUAGCACCGAUUCAAAUAGGAGAAAAAUCGAAGGUGUAGGACCAGUGUCAAGUGACGGAAUGCCUUUAUCAUUGAGAUCGGAGGUGAGUGACACCAAUCAGUCAAAAUGGUACAAGAAAAUGUACGAUACAAUACACAAGCAGAAGCCCUAUAAAGACGAAUUUGUCACAGUACGCUACAAACCCCGGAGAGCCCAGUAUCCCUACAUUUCUGGAUAUCUUUCUGAACCAGAACCAGGGACUUAUGACAGUGAUCAAAUGGACUAUAAAUACGCUACUUUAGAUAGACGGAGAAUGCCUGCAAAUGAAAAACAAAAUUUCGCAACAUCUACAAUGCCCAGAAAUGCUCAUUGGAAGACAUCUGCCUCCGAUUAUUCUUUGGGAUCUAAGAUGAAUCCAGGAAGGAUAGAAAACUAUAUACCAGGUCGCUCUUCUAUAUCAGAACAAGAAUCCAAAAAGUGGUGGGACGAAGUCAUGGACAUAUUUGAUGGGUGGAUGGAUGAUGUAGAAGGUUUUGAAAGUCUCAGAACUAUGCCGAUUAUCGAUACAAAAUUGGAAGAAGAGAGAAAACCAAUAACAAAAGGAUACAUGAGUCAAGCAUUGAAAGAGUCAGGUUACGAAAGUGACUCAACACUUGUGUUCAGAAAAAAAGACGAUGGAAGCCAAAUCAGCCCAACAGAUCAAAGAGAAGCUUACAAAAUAAUUCAAAAAGGGGGUGACAUACCUCUCCACGGGCUGAGGAAACCAGCUCCUGAACGGCCUAAAGAACCAGAACCUCCAGUGCCACCUCCAAAAAGCCACCUAGGACAGUCAAGGGAAAUGCAAGAAGGAUCACCGAGGAAGUAUGUGGAAAACCAGGUGACAAUACAUUACAAAACACCAGUAAGGCAAGAAAUAAAGGACUAUUACAGCGAAGACGAACUGGCACAUCGACAACAGGAGGCCAUGAAAAAAAUGUACCAGGAAGAAAGGCGACGAAAAUAUCUUCAGGUUAGCAAUUCAUUCUCCAAGUCUUUCGAUGAACUACAAGACAUGCACAAUAGACGUCACACCGACAACUUCAUCCCAUCCCAAAAGUCGCCGAUCCCGCUGAACAGGUACGACGAUUUUGACGACCUAAUGGCCCCCCAACACAAGAUCCGACCCAGGUCUCCCGAACCCCGAUUAGUGGCCAGGGCAUUGUACAACUUCGUGGGAAUGACGCCCAGAGAGCUGACCUUCCGGAAAGGGGACAACAUUUACGUCAGGAGGCAGAUUGACAAGAACUGGUAUGAGGGAGAACUGAACGCCAUGGUGGGGCUAUUCCCUGUGAAUUACGUCGAGAUCGUACCAUACGAAAACGUUAAAUCCACAAACAGAAAACCACACGAAGGCCAAGCAAGAGCGAAAUACAACUUCCUUGCCAAAACGCACCUCGAACUCUCUCUAGCCAAAGGCGAAAUGGUCAUAAUCACCAGAAGGGUGGACAAUAAUUGGUACGAAGGCAAAAUAGGUGGACGCAAGGGAAUUUUCCCAGCCUCCUACGUAGACGUCCUAAUCGACCCACAGGAGCCUUCCAAAGAGAAUCCCAAACCUGUGGCUGCACCUGCUGCCCACUCGCUUCUUCUCAACGGUUCCAGCGUUAGGGAAUCGAUGGGAAGUCAUACCUACACGCCAAAUAUCCCUAAUCCAGACCAAUCCUCAGGUUCCAGCUAUUACGCAAAACCGAUUCAGGUCAAUUACUGCAAUACGUACGGAGGUAGGAAUACCGCAGAACCUAAAAAUCCUGUCAAUCAGGCUCUGCACAUAGACACACGCACAGCUGAACCUAUACCCUUCAAAGCCUUGUACAAAUACCUGCCUCAGAAUGAUGACGAGUUAGAACUCAUGGAAGGCGAUACAGUAUAUGUCUUAGAAAAAUGCGACGAUGGUUGGUUUGUUGGUUCCAACGAAAGGACAGGAGCUUUCGGUACUUUCCCAGGAAACUAUGUAGACAAAGUAUAACAUCUCUUAGUAAAUAAGCUUUGGGGAUCUCUUGGGAUGUAGGACGAAUGUCAGUAUUCAUUGAAAUAUGUUAUAAUAUGUCUUCCUAAUCCUCACGAAGCCAACUUUUAAUUGUACUCCUUUAUCCAAAGAGUCAAAUUUCAUUUGUUCUCGACAUAUUUGCCAUAUUUCGAUAUUAUGUCUGUAUCCCCAUUUUGAUUAUUUUAUUUAUUCGUGUAAUUCAUUAACUUUAAAUUUACGUUUGAAUAAUAAUAAUAAGCCAACCGAAAUAUGUACCUUGUUUCUUUGUUAUUUGUUAGUGUUUAUGUUUGAGGUCAUUCUUUGAUGAGUAAAAUUCACUUUGAAUUAUUAAUUUAUGUGAAGGAAAAAAAUUUCACAAGUGGAUAAAAUAAUAAAAGAUACAAAUUAUGUUACCAUUUCAGAUAAUUUUAAGCUUGUUAUUAUUUGCACAAUACAAAUUUAGUAUAAUAGACGUCACAAAAUAUAAUUCGAUGAAUAUAAAUAUUUAUAUAUAUUUCGAUUUUUUCGGAAAUCAGUGCCAGAUCAUAUGUGUGAUAUUGUUCAUUUUCAGAGUUAUUAAUGAAGGUUUCAUUGAAAUCACUGAAAAAGAAGAAUUCUGCAGAUUUAUCCGUAUAUUAAAAUGAAGAAAGCGGCUAGAACACCUAUAAAACGUAAUAAGAUAGCAGAAGAAAGCAAUAACAUCAUUUUAUUUCGGAAAGCAAUUAGGUAAUAUAGUGUCACCAAAUUUAAUCAGUUGUCUAGUCUAUUCUUCAAAAAUUAGUUUUUGUAGGAAGUUAGGUAGAUAUUUAUAAAGAGCAUGACUGCAUGGAUAAAGCUUUGAUCUUAAACUUCUAGUGCCUUCGUCAUUUGAAAACGACCAUUUUCUUCAAACUAGAUGCCUUAUAAACUGACCACAAAGUAUAAGUAUACAUCCGAUCAAAAAUUCUUCUAUUUUAAACUCAUACACAUAAAUAUCCAUUAGAAUUUUAUCUUCACAAAAUAUUCAUUAUGUAUAUUGUUAAUUGUUUACAAUAAAAUUGAUGUUGACAAA